UCUCUCACACACACACACACACACACGGCACCACUGCUGAUGUGAGACUCCAGUCAUGUCGAUCCUCCUCAGCAUUAACAAUACCAUCAUCUCCAUGACGUUUCUUCAAAAACCUAACUGAUGAUGGAGCUGUUUGGCAGAGGAGAACUGGAGCUGCUAGGUGGAGGAGAGGGGCUCAGAGACGAUGUGGGUGUGCAUGGUAUCAGCUGGUCAUCCAGUCGGCUGCCAGAUGACAUGUACCCAGCAUCAGGGUUGGCCCUGGCUGCUGCUUACCAUGACAUCAAGAUCCGAUUAGCCAGUCUGGAGAGGGAGAACAGCAGCAUUAAGAGGAAACUCAAACACUACGAAGUCAAGUUUCCUAUGAUUACUGAAUUUGGAGAGGAGAGAGUAAUGUGUUGUUCCUGUGAGCCCAUUGUCAAAGAUACCAGUGUAAUCCAGUUGCAGACCACCAACCUGCAACAGAGGAUCAACUCCCUCACUCAGGAGCUCCAAAAGAGCAAGGAGAGAGAAGAGAGGCUGGAGGAAGUGAUCCAGGCUUACGAGAAGAUUCACCUGGAGAAAAGCAAUGUCCAGAGAGACCUAGACAAGAUGACAACUCUAGUGGAGCAGCAUGUGGACAGGAUCCGCAACCUUGAGUCAGCUCUCAGACAGAGAGAAAGUUCCCUUCAGAAACUCAACACUCAGCUGCACAGCAAAGACUUGCAUCAGUCUCAACUCCAUGUCAGCCUAGAUGUACCCAGAGAGGGUCGGGGGCCGACACUGCAGAGCUCCCGCAGUCUGGAUGCCCUGUCAGACCUGAAACUGCAGAGGUUGGAGGCUGAGUUGGAAGGGGCACGGAACCAGGCCGAGGGGGCCUGUCAGAGGGAGAAGGAGCUGAAGGCUGAGCUCCAGAGGCUGCAGCAUGAGGUAGUCAAGCUGCAGGAAGCACAAAGACAGUCACAGGACCUGUCUUCCCACUGUGAACACUGUGAUGUUGAAUGGAUAAAGAAAGCCGGGGAUGAACAGGUGAACCUGGCAUUAGCUUACACAGAGCUCACAGAGGAGCUUGGUCGUGUCCGCAGUCAGGCUGUAAAACAGAGUGACCUUCUGCAACAUGUCUCACAGGAGCCUGUCUCUCGCUCUCCCACAACUCCACAACAUCUAUCCCCAACCUCCUCCCAGCAUGCCUCACUCUCCCCUGACAGACUCCUCCCCACUCCAUCAGCUCCUCUGUCCCCAAGUGAUGGACCCACCUCCUAUUCCCAUCGGCCAACCAGCAGCCAUCUACGAGCCAAGUUCCAGGGUCGCCGUAGUUAUUCAGAGGUAUCUGACACUUCAGCCAUCCAAAAGCCCCUGGCUCGCCUGUUCAGGGACCCAGUAUCUACACUUCCCAAACCCAGGCCCAUCCUUGGGGAGACACAGGCUUACAGCCAAACCAAAACUCAGCUCCGUACCUCAUUAGUGGGUCUGGUCAGACCAGCAUCAGCACACGGAGCUGGAGGGGAGAGAGGUGAGGGAGUGGGUGGAGAAAGAGGUGGGGGCAGUAGCCUGAGCAGCAGUCCUCAUCACUGCGUUCUAGACUUGGACUUUCCUCUGGCGGCUGAGGUUCACCACUUCUGUCGCCUUGAUGACACACCUGAACCAACACCACUGGUGACACCACCUCAGUCCUCUGAUGAAGAAGAGGAUGUAUGUACAUAUCUGUCACCCGCUGCCAGUCUGCCUCAGGCACUCGGUGCUGUUGGGAUUGGGUCAUCGUCACCUAGGGAACAACCCCUUCACUCCUCUUUCCACUCUCCAAGGAAACAGCCCCAUCAUCCCUCUUUCUCAGCCCCUGAGGGCCCUACCAUGCUGUCAUGCCAUCUGCCUCCCUAUAUGAAUGCUGAGCAUGCUCAGUCAUGGCCAUCUAUUAAUUUAUGGAUGGAGUCAGAGGAGAGUGCUGUUCGGAGCUGCCCUCUGUGUCCGCUGACCUUCCCGACGAAUUACCCUGACGAUGCCCUCAUCAAACACAUUGACUCCCACUUGGAGAACAGCAAGAUCUGACCUGCCAUUUUUAUAAUAACAAUUCAUUUUAAACCCGUUUUACCUGAGAUGGACAUCGAGCCUGUCUUGGUUUUUAUUCUUAUCCAGAAAUGGUUUGAUGAGCCUGCAUGAGUCUUUUCAUUACCCAGCAUCUCGCACUCUCCAACCAUUGUAUGGCCAUUACCCGCCUCACUGAAGUGGAUGCAUCAGUCAGACUGUGGGAUCAAACCAGUCACAGCCCAUUAUUUCCUUUUCCGUAACCAAGAACAUACAUUGCAUAUUAUUUUUCAUAAAGCACUGUAUCAGCAUUAGUGUAUCACGUGGUACGUUUCUUUCAUUCACAGCCAAACUAAUAUUUGUACAUAUGAGAAAUAGCAGGUAUAGAUAAUAAUGCCAUAACAGUAUGAAAGACUGAUGCACACAGGAGCAGCUGGCACUCCUUUGGCAGUGUCACAUAUGCUGGUCUGACCGCUGUUCUAGACACAGAAGACAAGACAUUUAACAUGUUUUCAAUCCUUACAUGCAACCGAGCACUUGGCUGCCACUGCUCUCAUGUUGUAGAUGAUCAAAUUGGCAGUUUAGAAAGAUCUGAUGCAGCCUUUCAAUCUGCAAACAUGUAACUAUUUUGAGGUCUAAUCUGGGCAUGAAUAGCACAUUUGGUUUGGUUCUGUGACAAAGGAUUAAAUGCAACAUAGUAGAUAAGUGUGAGUACAGGUUAAAAAACAAGCAGCUGGCCAAGUUGGGGAAUAGGUUAAAAUGUGCAGAAAAUAGGUGAACACAAUGAUGAGACAGAUAGUUUUGUUUUAAUUAUAUUUAAAAAAGUAAAUGGUCCUGAAUAUAAAUGUGAUCAAAUAGGGAAAAAAAUGCACCAUUACCAUCUUCUGGUGUGAUAAUGAAAGUGCCUUCUUAAACCACAAUUUUUAUUUGAAAAAAGGGAUUUGCAGAAGCUCGUCUCAGCCACCAAAAUGUUUGAUGUUAUGCGCUAAUUAUAAAUUUGUAUCAUUCAUUAUGACAGGUUUUCCCAUUGUGAGAUUAUGAGAUCUCUGCAGAGGUGAAGGGUGCAAAGUUAGACCCAUAGAGCCACAGUAGCCACAUUAACCCUUUAACAUUGUCUGUAAGAAAAAAACUAUAGAACAUUUAUUUCUUAACAUUUUUAUAUACCAUGGGCAAUAAUAACAGUAUAACAAUUUUUUUAUAACAAAUCAUGCAUGUUUUAAUAUGCCGUUAUCAGUGGUUGAGACACCUGUUCGUGGUAAAAAAAAAAACACACCUGAAAAUACAAAUGAAUACAGAUUUUUUUAUUAAAUAAUCUUUAGGUCUCCUUUAUUUUUGGCUGUUUCUAAAUUUGAAAUUACAAACCAUAUGCUGAUGUAAUGCUAGGAACACUCCUACCUACAUAUGUGAGUUUGAUACCAUGAAAUUUGUAUUAGCAACAAUGCCAUGAUUUUCACUUGCUCGUUAUUCACCAUAUUUACAAUAUUUACAAUACUUAAACACAACACCAAUUACAUUAAUAUGGCAUUUAUUUGUUCUAAGAUAAUAAAUAUUACAUUUUUCCCUUUCCUAUAAAGGAACAGAUCAACUUUUCAUUUUAUUUUUCUUUUAUUCUAUUGAGUUACAUAAUUCAGCAAGACCUGCAAACAUCAACCUGAGUUAUGUCUGUUCCAAGCAGCAGUUUCCAUGACGGAAAAAUACAGCCAAAUGCAAAAGUGCAGCUGCAGCCUGUAUAAUGGUCACUUGAAGUGGCUUCAGAAGUGAGCCAGUCUAGAGGUUUUAACCCAAAUAUGGUAAAACAAAUUUUGAAACUUCAAAAUAAGCUACAAAUUUGGCUACAUCCACAUAAAGAACACUGAACCAAUGAUGUGAAUUUUAAUAUAUGCCGAAGUCCAUCGUUUAUAUACAGUUUAUAGUCUCAAUUGACUUUUUUUUUGGUUCCUAACUUCCUGGUUUGAGCCAAAAUGAAAAAAUUUGAAGGCAUCUAGUAGUAAACAUAACACACUUAGACUGAGUUAAGUUCAACACAUCUUUAAUAAGCUAUAGUGAUUCAAAAUGUGCUUUAAUUUUACCAAAAUAAUUUUAUAAAUCUCUUUAAGACAUUGAACACUGACCACUCAUGAGUUUAUGUAAAUGAAAUGUAUCUCCACAUUGUUUCCAGUUGUAAUGAAAAUGCAGUGGGAAGUCAGAAUCAGUGACCAGACACUUCCAAAAUAAAGUAUCAAGUCUUAUCAUGGCCACUGCAUCUGGGCUCCUGUGCUGAAGACUUGGACUCCUGUCUAGAACUAUGGGCAGAUACUUUUACGCUUAGCUGCUGUUGUUUUAUGGCUGAAAAACAAACUUACUUAACAA